AUGGCGUCGGCCACCAGCAUCGUCCGGAGGCUUCACAAUUUUUUCUCGGGGAGAGACCUCCAAGCAAAGCUGCAGCUGCGCUACAUGGAGAUCUCCAAAAGGACGCAGCCUCCUCCGCAUCUCCCCGUGGGGCCCAACCACAAGUUGGCCGCCAAUUCGUACUGCGCUCGGGACGGACGCAGAGAGACCUUCCCUCCAGUCAUCCUGGUCUCUCCACAGAAGGCACUGCCGGCCGCCAGCCCAGGGUCUUCAGUCGCCACGGUGGAGAAGAAACCGGUCAUGCCGGGCUUCCAGCCGCAGAAAUGGGAACUCUCUAAGGACAAAACCUAUUCGUGAUACGGGGCGGCCCUG